GUGGCAUGCGCUUUUUGCAUAGUUUAUCUGAGCUAGCAACUCGUCACACUAGGCUGGAGCAGGUUCUGGAUGAUGUGAAAUUAUCUGUACAAGUCGUUGACCUAAUAUUCUUUGUGUUAUCCAUUCUUUCCAACUCGAAGAAGCUGUUGUUUUAAAUUAGGAAAAUCAUCUUGGUGCUUCUCCCUUUAUACAUUCAUCACUUGUAGCAGCAAGUCUUCAUCUGUUGACAAGCUACUUUCCAUCUCAGUACAAUGAACUUGUUUCUAUUCUACUUGCACAUCCGGAGGUAACACAACUGGUGAUUUAGUGACUAUUUAAUUCCAUGGCUCGAUCCUGAAGAAGCUGUGAACUAAAAGCAUUGAAGUAACCUCCAGAUUUGUUUCAGAUUUUAUUGUAGAUCUGGCCCCUAUUUUGUAUUGCUUUUGGUUUCUGAACUUCCGGAUUUUAUCGGUUUUCAUCCUCAGUCCUCACACUACCAGCUUUUGUUUAUAACAUAUUGUGCAAUGUUAACUUUAUUCUUAGGGUUCUAAUCAAAAUUCUUUUCAGUUAUUCUGGUGAUUUGUGGUUCAAUCAGAUCAGUAACAAACUAACAACUGACUACUGUAGCUGCCAGGCUAACCUGAAUGGGAAUUUGCAGUAUCUUUAUUAAUCUUUAAAAUGUGUUCAAUUCUUUGGUUGCUCUAUUGUCAUUAGAGGCUUGUAUCUGUGGCAUCAUCUUAUGAUAUCAUAAGAUAUCAUGUUAGCAUAUUACUUUCUUCAGUUAUUCUACUGUUUUAUGUAAACCCUAGCUGGCAACAAAGUUUUGUUGACUAUUGCCCAUUGUAUGUCUAUCCCACUGUAUGUUUUUAUGUGAUGUGAUAGUAAUUAUUUGAAUCAUGUUUCUUGUAUAUAUACUCCCUCCGUUCCAUAAUUCUUGUCUAAAAUUUGCCCAAAAAUGAAUGUAUCUAUUCCUAAAAAGUGUCUAGAUACAUGUAAUAUUUCGACAAGAAUUAUGGAACGGAGGGAGUAUGUCACUUAGAAAGAUCGUUCAGAAAAAGAAACAUACAAACACCUUCCUUCUCCUAGUUGGUUUCUUUGUGUGCUCCCUGGCUCACUAUGGCAUCCUUUGAAAUGAAUGUUAUGUCAGCAGUUAGCACUUCGUGUUCAUUAUUCAUCUCUGUAAUAUCCAAUGUUUCAUGGUCAGGUUGAUAUCUUUAUGGAUUUGGCCUUUGAUAGUCUGCAUGAAGAUAUGAGGUUAUUGAGUCGCAGGCUAUCAACAUUUGGCACCGAUGCCUUUCCUGUUGGUCCUUUAGAGUCACAACUCACCCACUUCAUCUGCCAACAGUGCGAAACAUCAUUGCAAUUGCUUUUGUUGCUAUGCCAGCAGAAGUUAUUUCGAGAUCGUAUUUUAGAAAACAAGGAUCUCUGUAGAAAUGGACGUAUACUGUCACUCUCUCUAACUAUAUUGAAGUUAGGUGUUCCGGAAUGUCUGAAGGGAUCCGCUCAUAUUGCUUCUUCCAUUUCCAGACUGAAGGCAAAAGUCCUUUCUAUUGUUGUACAACUUUGUGAAGCUGAGGGUAUUUCUUACCUUGAUGAAGUUGCCACUUUACCAAAGAGCAUGCAACUAGGGCAAACCUUCGCACUAAAAGUUCUUGAUUUGCUGAAAACUGCAUUUGGAAGAAAAGAAAAAUCUGUGGCUGGUUCUCAUGACAAGAGUUACCCCAUGGGUUCUGUGCUUAUCAGUGCGUUACGUCUUGUUGAUGUAUUUUCUGACGAUUCAAACUUCAGAUCGUCCUUCAUAAAUAAUACUAUUCCCUUUCUGACCCAAAUUCUGGCUAGUCCUCAUGAUGAGUUUGUCUCAAGUUGGUGCUCUGUUAAUAUGCUAGUGACGGAAGAUGAUGCUAAUCUAGAAUAUGAUCCAUUUGGUGCAGCUGAGCUGGCACUGUUAGCUGCUUCCAAUAUGUUAACUGAAGCUAAAGCUAACUAUUUAUGCCCUUUGCGCAUUAUCAAUACUGCAAUACCAUAUGCCCAGAGAAGAACGUCAUGUGUGGUGAAAAUAAUAGCAAAUUUGCAUGUCUUUGUUCCAAACAUAUGUGAAGAGCAAGAAAGAGACCUUUUUCUUCACAAAUUUCAGAAUUACUUGUUAUCAGAGAGUCCUAGGCCAUCAUUGGACAAUCCAGCAUCUGAUGAGGCCAGUGCAGUCUGUAGAAACUUGGGAUCUUUGUCCCAUUAUGCUAAAUCAUUAAUUCCUAAUAAACUGUUAAAUGAGGACGAUGUGCAUUUAUUAAGUGAGUUUGCUUGUAAGUUACAAACAUGGUGUAAAUCAGUAGCUGGACUGAGAACAUUGCAGGUGGCAAACAGUGAUACAUCAUCACAAAUCAAGGAAGACUUGCAACGGGUGCAGCAGCCACUACAAACAAGGGCUAAUGAUGUGCAGACCAUGGAAGAGUCGGUGCCAACACCGUACAUGAAUCAUGAGGGAAAUGCUAGGGAUGAGACUCCAAGAAACCGCGCCAGUAUAAAUUGUGGGCUCCUGCAGAAUUCAGUUGGUCAAAACCUAAUUCAUCUUGGUGUUGCGAGAACAACUAGCACAGGCUAUACGGGUGUCAGUACUGCUACUAGUACAGAACUCCAGCACGGUAGAAGUGUGGAUCAUUUCAAAACACCAGAACAUAUAAAAGGAAGUGGUCUCCAGGACGACGAUGAGAGGCAACGUAGGAGAAAGAAGCGAACCAUUAUGAAUGAUGGACAAAUAAAUGAAAUUGAGAAUGCUCUAGUUGGUGAGCCUGAGAUGCACAGGAAUGCGACUUUGCUUCAGGCAUGGGCAGAGAAGUUGAGCGGGCAGGGUUCGGAGAUAACAUCAUCACAACUAAAGAAUUGGCUAAACAACAGAAAAGCUAAGCUUGCUCGUAUCGCGAAAGAAAGAGUACCAUCUGAGGGUGAGAAUGCUGAUAAGCCAUCCACACCAGCUACUUCUCACUUUGGUGACUCCUCAGAAAGUGCGGGUGAGGAGAGCUAUUUUCCACCUCCAAGGGUGAUGAAUGCCCUAGGCAUAUCAAAGGGCAAUGGUCUGCUAAAUCCAGGCACCAAUGAUACAACUACGCAGUCAGAGUUCAACCAAAACAUCAUGACGACCCGCCCUUUUACAAGAUCAUAUUCACUUGAGCCUGGGCGUCCAGUUUUGUUGAUUGACAAUGAAGGGAACGAAAUUGGAAGGGGGGAGAUCUUUCAAGUCGAAGGCAUGGCACAAGGGAGGAGUCUAACAGAGAGUCGCAUCUGUAUUAUUGAUAUCACUGAGCUUAAGAUUGAGAAAUGGAGGGAGCUUCCUCACCCCUCCGAGGCAUCUGGAAGAACGUUCCAAGAGGCAGAAUCGAGGCAUGGUGGCGUGAUGAGGGUGGCGUGGGAUGUUAUCAGGAUUGCUCCUGUGGUGCUGUAAGUCCCGUUCUUUUUGCAGCUUGUAGUAAGGCCGCCCUCCCAUGUUGGCAUCGAGAAAGUACAGAGUAGAGAGAACUUACAAUCUAGGAUCUGAAGCCAUGAUCAGCUCCUAUGGCAAAUGAGCUGCUCAAGUAACUUGCAUUUUGCAAAACCUUUUGAGUAUCAUAUGUUGUAUCAAUGCACCCAAUGCGGUGCAUGUUUGGAAGGAAAUACACCCUCUCAGGUUAUCAGUUCUGCUAUAUCUGUCCAUUGUUCAUCACAACGACUUCAAUCUUACAAUGUUGCCUUUACAAACAUAUGUGUAUGUCUGUUAGCUGACAUGCGUACUGUUCAUUACAAACAAGAGAAUUCCAUUGAGCUGGGUCCAGUUCAGAAA